AGAGCCCUGCUGGCUGGGGCCUUGGAGGGAGCAGGGGGCCUGCUCACUUCAUUUGCUCAGCUGCUGGUGGUCAGCGUGCACUGCUCCACCCACCCCACCCCUGGCAGGACCCUGACAAGUCAUCCAGCACCCAGGGGAAGCACAGCCGGGGGAAGAGAGGGGAGCCAGCAGCCCUGUGGGAGGAUGGUCUUUAGAACUCUUUGACAGUGAACAGGCCAUGGCGCAGGCUACUGGGCUGCCACAGGCCAGCACUGCUUCUGGCCAGCCCUAUGUGAGCAAGCUGGUUCUGCUUGGAAGCAGUUCUGUGGGCAAGACCAGCCUGGCCCUCCGGUACAUGAAGCAGGACUUCAGCAACGUCUUGCCGACUGUGGGUUGUGCCUUCUUCACGAAGGUGCUGGACUUGGGCUCCUCAUCUCUGAAGCUUGAGAUCUGGGACACAGCCGGCCAGGAGAAGUACCACAGCGUCUGCCACCUCUACUUCAGGGGCGCCAACGCUGCGCUCCUGGUUUAUGACAUCACUCGGAAGGACUCAUUUCACAAGGCCCAGCAGUGGCUGGAGGACCUGGAGAAGGAGUUCCAGCCAGGAGAGGUGGUGGUGAUGCUGGUCGGCAACAAAAUGGAUCUGGGCGAGGAGCGGGAAGUGAGCUUCCAGGAAGGAAAAGAGUUUGCAGAGAGCAAAAGCCUGAUGUUCAUGGAAACCUCUGCCAAGCUGAACUACCAGGUGUCUGAGAUCUUCAACACGGUUGCUCAGGAGCUACUGCAGAGAGCAGGAGACAGGGGGAGCAGCCACCCACAGGAAGGUGAGGCUGUGGUUCUGAACCAGGAACCUCCUGUCCGGCAGCGCCAGUGCUGUGCACGAUAGCCACUGCCACUGCAGGAGAGCCGGUGGAGGACAUCUCAGCCUGUGCUUCGGAGGGGCCCCAGCCCAAGCUAUGCCUUCACAACAAAUCUGUCGGCUCUUUGUCCACUUAUGUUCUCUGUCGAAGAUGUUGUAUGCUUGAGCCCUGGAGGCUUCCAGACAUUGGUUUCCUUUGUGAUCACUGCUUGCCAAAGCGGAUGGGAACUGUCUCAGGGAAGAUCCAGUGUCAAAUGGCUCCCAGAAGACCUUACCUGACACCCAGAUACUUGGGUGCCCUGAGCCAAGUGUGCCUGCUCCUCCUGGCUGUCCCUUUCAGCUUCCUUGUGACCAGUACGGAAGAGCUAAAUGAAGCAGAGAAAAGCAUGGACUGGGAAAAAAGCCUUUGACCCAUGGGGUGGGAGGACAGAUGCUUCCUUCCGGGGGCAGCAUCCAUAAUUGGAUCACAUUUGUUCUAGGGACUAUCAGGGGAAGAGAAGGGGCAUCAGGGCAAGGGAAAAUGCAGGGAUGAGCCCAAGGUACAAUGCAGGGAUGAGCCCAAGGUACAAUGCAGGGAUGAGCCCAAGGUACAAUGCAGGGAUGAGCCCAAGGNAAUGCAGGGAUGAGCCCAAGGUACAAUGCAGGGAUGAGCCCAAGGUACAAUGCAGGGAUGAGCCCAAGGUACAAUGCAGGGAUGAGCCCAAGGGAAAAUGCAGGGAUAAUGAGCCCAAGGGAAAAUGCAGGGAUUAGCCCAAGGGAAAAUGCAGGGAUGAGCCCAAGGGAAAAUGCAGGGAUGAGCCCAAGGUACAAUGCAGGGAUAAUGAGCCCAGGGUACUAAGUCUCAGUGAGGUGACGCUGGAGAGACAGAGUCUGACAGGGUGGCUGGGAUGGAAGUGUCCCCUUCCAGCUGUGGACAGACAGAGCCAGGUUUCUAUGUAGUGAUCUGAGGACUCGAAAACCCCUGUCCCGAGAUGAAUACCGUGUUGUCUUGUGUCCUUCUCUCCAAAUAUUAAAUGUCUCGACA